AUGGAAGCUCUUCUGUGGCCGUCUACGAUGUUGGAUCAUCGAGAGGGCAGUUGUGCUUUUCAACGAGCUCAGGUCUUAGCCGGGUACUCACUGAAUUUUACUACUAUGCUUCUACUUUUACCUAGUGCUCUUACACUUCUGUUAGCUUCUGAAGACCUCGUUUGUCAUCCGUUCCUAAGCGAAUUUUCGACGCUGCAUUCCCGUACAACUGCGGAUCUUCAAUAUAUUGAAUUGGCUGCGACGAAGAGUGCCGAAGCACUGUGCAAACUAUGA